AUUUUAAAGAGAUGACUUCCAGUGAACAGACAGACUACCUCUUGUGUGCUGCAAUAGACCUUGGCACAACGUACUCCGGAUAUACCUUCUCAACGAGACACGAUUUUAAAAGAGAUCCAACAAAAUCUGCAAUGAAGCAAUGGAUUGAUCCUAUGACAACAAUGACUUCCCAUAAAACGUCGACAUGCAUCCUGUUUACAGAGGACAAACAAUUUUCAAAGUUUGGCUUUGAAGCAGAAGAAAAGUACAUGGAGCUUACUCUGGACGAAGAGCAGCAUAACUGGUAUAUUUUCAGGCGAUUCAAAAUGUCUCUUUAUGGCAUAGAGUCCAGUGAUGAAGAAGUGUUAGUUGAGGACGUGAAUGGAAAGACGCUUCCAGCAAUGCUUGUAUUUUCUGAGUCCAUACGAUAUCUCAAGGAUUCACUGUUAGAGGAAUGUACGAAGCAAAACACGGAAAUACAACUUGAUGAUAUCAAAUGGGUUCUUACUGUACCAGCAAUCUGGUCUGAUCCAGCAAAAACAUUCAUGAGAACAGCAGCUAUAAAGGCAGGAAUAAGUUCUGAUAUGCUUACAAUAUCCCUUGAGCCAGAAGCUGCUGCUAUCUUUGUGAAGUACUUACCAGUCGACAGAAAGGUUGGGGGAGAGAUUGGAGAAACCUUCCAGACAUUUUCAAAAGGAUCAAAAUACAUAGUAGUUGAUGCCGGCGGUGGAACUAUUGAUAUAACAGCACACGAGGUUUUAAAAAAUGGAAAAGUGAAAGAAAUUCUGAAAGCAUCUGGUGGAAAUUGGGGAGGCACAAAAGUUGAUGAAAAUUACAUGGACUUUGUGAAAAGUAUGGUUGGAGAAACUGUAAUGAGAAAAAUUAGGAAAGAAAGGCGAAGUUUGUUGUAUGAAAUAUCUCGAGAAUUUGAAAUUGCAAAGCGUACAGUAAAACCUGGGUCCACUGUCAAAGUCAAUGUUCGCAUCCCAUCCGAUUUAUCGGAUAUAUAUGAGUCUGUUUAUCCUGGAAAAUCCUUAAGGAAGGUCACUACUGUGGAGCUUUUGGAGGGAAAGUCAACAAAAGUUUCGUUUAUGGGGGAUAAACUACGAUUAGAAUCUAGCACAGUUGAGAGCUUUUUCGCUUCAUCAAUUAGUAACAUUCUAUGCCAUAUAUCUACUCUUUUUCAAACAAAGGAUGGAAAAGAUAUAGGAACUGUUUUGCUAGUCGGUGGUUUUGCAGAAUCUCCAAUGCUUUUCCAAGCGAUCCGUGAAAAGUUUUCAGAGAAACGAAUCAUCAUUCCUCAGGAAGCUGCCUGGUCCGUGUUAAGAGGAGCUGUUAUCUUUGGUCAUGAUUCAAGUCUUAUCGCAGAGAGAAAAAGCAAAUAUACCUACGGUAUUGCAGUGGACGGGAUAUUUGAUCCUCAAAUCCAUGAUGAGAAACAUAGGAUACUGACAAAGGGGGUGGUUAGGUGUAAAGAUUCCUUUAGCAGACAUGUGGAAAUAGAUGAAACCAUUACCGUGGGAAAGUAUCAAAGUGACGAAGGUUACGUAACUGAUGAUGGAAACUUCAAUAUUCGCGUAUUCACGUCGACUUUACUAAACCCCACGUAUGUUGAUGAGGAUGACUGUUCCUUGAUCGGAAAGAUAUCUUUUAAUGGCGAGGAACACAAAGGAAAUAUAAGAGUUCAGAUGAUGUUCAGUGACACAGAGAUUGAGGUCAAUAUUAUUUUUUGUAAUACUAAAAAGAGCAAGAAAUUGUUUUUGAAGCAAUAA